CCUCUCAGCGGCGCGGGCGGAGGCGAGGCUUGGGAUCCGCCCCGAGCCCGGUCCUCCCGGCCUGGGCAGUCUGGGGCGACGGCGGCCGACUAGGCGGUGUUGUGACGGGCCGAGGCAGCUCUCCCCUCCUGCACGUCCCCGGACCCUGGAGCAGUCUAUGCGGAGGGCGGCCGCGGCGGGGAGGCGGCGGGGGCGGAGCGCAUUCCUGAUGGGUGAAAUCUGCUCUAACGGGACCGAUUUCCGGGCCUCGCUGCAAAUUCGGCGCCGGGGCCAGCGCCCCCAAACCCCUGCGGCCGGGGACCCCGGGGGGAGAAGGGAGGCGCGCACCGGGGAACGUUCAUCCGUGAGAACUGCCACUCCCUGCAAAAGCAGAAAUUAAACAGACGAAAAAUGGUGUAGUCUUGGGCCUCUGUCCCUCUCUGAAGACCCCUGGAAAUAAUAAACAGCCCUGUUGUAAUGUGAAUGGCAAGCAAGACUGCCAGUUGAAGAGACAUUCUGGUAGAAGCGAACCAUAGGAGGGAGCAAACUAGUUAGAGAACAUCUGUGAUAAGUCUUCUAUAAAUUGAACUUUUUCAAGAAUUCUCUUAAGGAGCCACGUAGGAUUUUCUUACACCAUGACUUAAUCUGAAUGCAAGAACAAGAAAUAGGUUUGCUCUCUAAAUAUAAUGAAGGGCUGUGUAUAAACACAGACCCUAACUCAAUUCUAAUGAGUAUUUUAGACAUGAGUUUACAUCGGCAAAUGGGUUCGGAUCGAGAUCUUCAGUCUUCUGCAUCAUCUGUAAGCUUGCCUUCAGUCAAAAAGGCACCCAAAAAAAGAAGAAUUUCAAUAGGCUCUCUUUUUCGGAGGAAAAAGGAAAACAAACGUAAAUCAAGGGAGCUAAAUGGCGGGGUGGAUGGAAUUGCGAGUAUCGAAAGUAUACAUUCUGAAAUGUGUACUGAUAAGAACUCCAUUUUUUCUACAAAUACCUCCUCUGACAAUGGAUUAACUUCCAUCAGCAAACAAAUUGGAGACUUCAUAGAGUGCCCCUUGUGCCUUUUGCGGCAUUCUAAAGACAGAUUUCCUGAGAUAAUGACUUGUCAUCAUAGAUCUUGUGUGGAUUGCUUGCGACAAUACCUAAGGAUAGAAAUUUCUGAAAGUAGAGUUAAUAUCAGUUGCCCAGAAUGUACUGAACGGUUUAAUCCCCAUGAUAUUCGCUUGAUAUUAAGUGAUGAUGUCUUGAUGGAAAAAUAUGAAGAAUUUAUGCUUAGACGGUGGCUUGUUGCAGAUCCUGAUUGUAGGUGGUGUCCAGCUCCAGACUGUGGGUAUGCUGUGAUAGCAUUUGGAUGUGCUAGCUGUCCAAAAUUAACAUGUGGACGAGAAGGCUGUGGAACAGAGUUUUGCUACCACUGUAAACAAAUUUGGCACCCCAACCAGACCUGUGAUGCUGCUCGACAAGAGAGAGCCCAAAGUUUACGACUGAGAACUAUCCGUUCUUCAUCCAUUAGUUAUAGUCAAGAGUCUGGAGCAGCAGCCGAUGAUAUAAAGCCAUGUCCACGAUGUGCUGCUUAUAUAAUAAAGAUGAAUGAUGGGAGCUGUAAUCACAUGACAUGUGCUGUCUGUGGUUGUGAGUUUUGUUGGUUGUGUAUGAAAGAAAUCUCAGAUUUGCAUUAUCUAAGUCCAUCAGGAUGUACUUUUUGGGGGAAGAAACCCUGGAGCCGAAAAAAGAAAAUAUUGUGGCAGCUGGGAACACUUGUUGGUGCUCCUGUAGGAAUUGCUUUAAUAGCUGGCAUUGCUAUCCCUGCAAUGAUUAUUGGCAUUCCUGUGUAUGUGGGCCGUAAGAUUCACAAUCGAUAUGAAGGCAAGGAUGUUUCAAAGCACAAACGGAAUUUGGCCAUAGCAGGUGGUGUAACAUUGUCUGUAAUCGUAUCUCCAGUGGUAGCUGCAGUAACUGUAGGUAUUGGUGUUCCUAUUAUGCUAGCUUAUGUCUAUGGCGUUGUUCCAAUUUCUCUCUGUCGAAGCGGAGGUUGCGGAGUUUCAGCAGGCAAUGGAAAAGGAGUCAGGAUUGAAUUUGAUGAUGAAAAUGAUAUAAAUGUUGGUGGAACUAACACAGCUGUAGACACAACUUCAGUAGCAGAAGCAAGACACAACCCUAGCAUAGGGGAGGGAAGUGUUGGUGGUCUGACUGGCAGUUUGAGUGCAAGUGGAAGCCACAUGGAUCGAAUAGGAGCCAUCCGGGACAACCUGAGUGAAACAGCCAGCACCAUGGCACUAGCUGGAGCCAGUAUAACAGGGAGUUUGUCAGGAAGCGCCAUGGUAAACUGUUUCAACAGGUUGGAAGUACAAGCAGAUGUACAGAAAGAACGGUACAGUCUAAGUGGAGAAUCUGGCACUGUCAGUUUGGGAACAGUUAGUGAUAACGCCAGCACCAAGGCAAUGGCAGGAUCCAUUCUAAAUUCCUACAUCCCAUUGGACAAAGAAGGCAACAGUAUGGAGGUUCAAGUAGAUAUUGAAUCAAAGCCAUCCAAAUUCAGGCACAACAGUGGAAGCAGCAGUGUAGACGAUGGCAGUGCUGCCCGAAGUCAUCCUGGGGGUUUGUCUGGUGGUUUGCCUGAAGGUAAAUCCAGUGCCACCAAGUGGUCCAAAGAAGCAACAGCAGGAAAGAAAUCAAAAAGUGGUAAAUUGAGGAAAAAGAGUAACAUGAAGAUAAAUGAGACCAGAGAGGACAUGGAUGCACAACUGUUAGAACAACAAAGCACGAACUCGAGUGAAUUUGAGGCUCCAUCCCUCAGUGACAGUAUGCCAUCUGUAGCAGAUUCCCACUCUAGUCAUUUUUCUGAAUUUAGUUGUUCUGACCUAGAAAGCAUGAAGACUUCUUGUAGCCAUGGUUCAACUGAUUAUCAUGCCCGCUUUGCUACUGUUAACAUUCUUCCUGAGGUAGAAAAUGACCGUCUGGAAAAUUCCCCACAUCAGUGUAGCAUUUCUGUGCUUACUAAAACUGCUUCGUGUUCAGAAGAUCCACAGUUGAAUCAUAUUGCUGAAGAACACAGUAACAAUGGAAUAAGGCCCAAUGUUGAUUUAUAUUUUGGUAAUGCACUAAAAGAAACAAAUAACAACCACUCACAUCAGACAAUGGAAUUAAAAGUUGCAAUUCAGACUGAUAUAUAGACCUAUAAAUGCUGCAAAAUAAUUACCACUUGAAAAACCUUGUUUGGAGCUGGUUGAACUACUCCUGACUAUUUUAAGUUUCAAGUUACCAGCAAAUGCCGGGUUAUGUAGUCAUAAGGCAGAUACAUUUUCUAUGUUCAGCAAAGCAUUGUGUUUCGUGUGGAUAUUAAUUACCAAACUAUGAAAUGAAGGCUUUAAAAGUGCAUUAUUGUAAGGACAAUAAUUCCUAAGAAAAUUAUGUUUUGUGUGUUUGCCACAAAACAUUGCUUGAAGCACAUACUUGUGUAUUUAGAUAGAAAUUUGGCUUAAUUUAUAAUCAAUAUAAAAUACUAAUGCAGUUCCACAGCAUUCUUAUGAAGAGGACUUUAGGCUUAGGGUUAAGUGGUUAGUGACAUUUUAUUGAAACCACUAAGAGAUACUGUUUAAAGAACCUUGCAGGUUACUCUCAGUAUAUAAUACUCUUUGUAACAUUUCUGUUCAUAACUGGGCAUAAAUUUCAUUUUUUUCAUCAUAUGCAGUGUGGAUAUAUACAGCUUAAUGCAGCCCAAUUGCUACCAUUUGGAUACUUAGACACUUUGAGCAAAAUUGUGGCAGUUUUUGCACACCUUUGCAAUAGAAAUACCUGGUACUCUUAAUGUAUCUUGUAUGUUGUUGUUGCCAUAUUAGAAGAAAAGUGUAAAAGUAGGUAAUUAAGUAUACUGACAGCACCAAAUAAGAUAUAUAAAACUGCAAAAUAAAAUUCCAGUAGUUUGUAAGUAUUACCAAAAAAGUCACCUUUGACUAAGGGGAAGUUUGCAUCCCACUGAAUCUUGGUGCCUUUGGAAUAGACUGGAUUUUAAGGGCCUACUCAUUUGAGGAUUUUGCUGUAUUGUUUUCCAUAAUGUCCUCUUUAGCCACCUUGGAUUAUGUAGAAAAACACAGGAUAGCUAAACAUAAAUACGAUUAACAACGAUAAUGCUGAAAAAGUAUUAGCCUACCAAAGACACACUCAGGCUUUAGUAACCUCAGUUUUUAACACACAUGUAUCUUCUCCAGUCAUGAAAUCAAAGCAAGGUGCAGAGUUUGUACCGAGUACUAAGUAGGGGUCCACAUGUGGCUGGCUUUAUUUUCCUUUGCUUUUGUUUAUGGAAGAUGUUCAGCUGACAUAAACAGAAGUUGGCCAAAAUACUGCCUGUGCCGUUAACUUCCUAUAUAAUUCACUUAAAUAAAACAGGCUAACCUCCGUGAUAGCAGUUAAAGUGUCCCAUCUUCAAUGUUUCUUUUAAGUAUUACCAUUAUGGUGCUACUGAGCGUUUUCUUUUGGUAAAAAGAAAAAUGCCAUGGGCUGCAGUCUUCUUUCAUCACUUUUUCUCACCAGGCCCAUUAAUAUGCUUAUAACACUAGUGCCAGUUAUUUUAUUUGAUAAUGCUUAUUAUGGUAUUUGUAUAUUUGUUUGCAUUCCAGUUUUGUUCAAUAGUGAGUGUGUAAACUGCAUACAUGAAAUAAAUGUAAAUACUAAUGUAUCACUGCCUUAUGGUUUGUGCACAGAAGUGGUUUUUUGGUUUUCUUUUUUUUUUUUUUUUAAUAAGAGCAGGAGUAUCAGUUUGCCUUGUGGCAAAUUCAUAAACAUUUCAAGCCACUGAAAUGAUUCUGCAUUCUGAUCUUGGCCCAGAGGGAAGCAUCUGCUGCAUGUGUCAACAAACAAUGUUAGAAACCAUCCUCUCUUCAUGUCUAACACCUGCCUUUCCUCCAGAAAGAAGCUGCUUUAUUCAACAUAAUUUCAUUUUUAAAAGAAAAUUGGUUGGAAAGUAAAUAGAUCUAUCAUUAAAUUGUGAAGAGAUCAGUUUGAUAAAUCCUCGUCUUAACAGAAAAGUAAAAAGAUGUUAAAAUUUGUUUUAAGAGAUCCUACUCUGGCAACAUUAGAUUGUGGAACUAGAGCUAUUUAAAUUCAGCUAAUAAUGGCAAUGAAACACUUUUCAAUUUCUCAUUGCCUCUAUAAAGUGCAUAGAUGGUUUUUCUGUUUUCUGGUUACAUACUUAAUACUUCAUGGAAAAAUGUGUAUGAAUAUAUUGACUGCCUUCUUGCCAUUUCUGUAAAAGGCUGAUGACUAAACGGAAAGCUCAGUGGCCUUAGGAGGAAUACGGCGCAAGCGCUGCCAUGUUAGGAGGCCAGUGCAUUCGGUUCACCUCAUCUCUCUUUUGGUUGUACCCCCAACCCGUUUCACUUUAAAAAUGGUCUAAACUGUUGAGCUGACUUCAGAAAUUCCUUCAAACUUGGAUUGAUUAAAGCCCAAACCAGAGUCCUCUGGAGAUGAACCCAAGGCUAGCAGAGCAUAAGAGAAUACUCCAGGGUUCAAGACAGGCUUUCACUCAUUAAAAUCUCUUUUAAAAGAACCUUUAUACUCUGCCUUCUUUAAGACCCCUGGGGGAAAUUGCAGAGUAGUGAGAAGAAUGCAAAGACUGAUUAUUUACCCUACUUCAUUGUGUGGGCUUCCAGCUUCCUGCAUUCUCUUUAUUUAUUUUUUUUAGGGCUGCACCCGAGACAUAUGGAGGUUUGUUCCCUGGUGAGGGGUUGAUUUGGAGCUGUAGCCACCAGCCAUAGCCACAGCCACAGCAAUGCCAGAUCCAAGCCAUGUCUGCAACCUACACCCCAGCUCAUGGCAACUCUGGAUCCUUAACCCAGCGAGGCCAGGGAUCAAACUGGUGUCUUCAUGGAUACUAGUCAGAUUCAUUUCCACUGAGCCAUGACAGGAAUUCCUGGAUUCUGUUAAAUGUACAAAGUUCCAGCUCCAGAGUACUGAAUUAGCUUAAUUUUAUAUUAAAUUCACACAAUUCAUUUUUCUUAUUUUCACCAUAUAUUGGGUUGAUUUGUAAAUAUGUAAGACUUGCCAUAGCAUAUUAUCUAUUUAAUUGGAGAGCUUCUCUAUGAUGGUGGAGAAGGAAGACCCGGAACUUACCUCUUCCCACGGGCACACCAAAAUUACAACUAUUUACAGAGCAGUUAUCUGUGAGAAUGACUUGAAGUCUAGCAGAAAAGAUUUUCUACAACUAAAGACAGAAAGAAGGAGCCACCACAAGUCGUCGUGUAGGAGGGGUGGAGAUGUGCCUGGGAGUCAGGACUAACUAACAGAAAUAUCAUCAGCGCACAGAUCCUCCCCAAGGAGUGGGGGGUCUGAGCCCCAUAUCGGGCUUCUACCCCAGGGGUUGCACUAGAAAGAUAAGCCCCCAGGAUAUCUGGCUUGGAGAACAGGCUGGUUCUAAAAAGCAGGGCUGGCUUUGAGAGCUGGAGGAGUCUAGCACACAGAGACUCUGCUCUUAAAGGACACAUGGGAAAUCUCAGUACAGAGACAGAAACUUGAAAGGCGCCUGAGCCAGGCUCACUUGCUUUUGCACAGUG